AUGUUAAUUAGUUCAAAUAAUGUUUGGUAUAACAGUUGUGUUCUUGUUAUGAUUAAUAAUAAUGUUUGUGGAGUAAAGAGUAAAUUUUUGAUGUUGAUAUCAGAUAUUCUUUCAGAAGUUUUUGAAUAUUUGGAUGACCGAGAUGAAAUUCUUGGUUCACCGAAUCCUAAAACUUUCAGUAAUUUGUUUUCAUGUUUAUUAGUCAAUAGUCACUGGUGUGAGAGUGUUAUACCCAUCCUUUGGCGUCAUCCUUUUCAUCGUUGUCAUAAAAGAGGUGGAAAACUUUUAAUUCAAACUUUUCUUUCUUGUCUUCAUAAUCCUGAACGUCAACAAUUAUAUAACGAUGGUGUAUAUGUCCCUGGAGGAAAAUAUGAUUUACCCGUUUUUAAUUAUCCAAACUUUAUAAAACAUCUUGAUUAUCAUGAAAUGAUUUCAUUUGUAAAAAGUUGGUGUAAAUUUAACUUGGAGGAUGAUGAUUCUGACGAAAGUGUGUCGGCAAUUUUGCGAUCAAUUUUGAAAUUAUUUGUUGCAAGGUCUACUCGCUUAAACACACUUAGUAUUAGGAGUUCUAAUUGUGAAGAAAAAUAUAUGCUAUUGGCCGAACCCUCAAUUUGUCCUUUGAUAAACCCGCUGAAAAAUUUAAACAUCAAUUGUUAUUCAAUUGAUAGAUUAAAACUAGCUGAAAGUUGUCCAAAGGUCAAUCUUUUGGAAAAACAACGAGGACUUAAACGUAUAAUUUUAUCAAGAUGUAAAACGUUCGCCAAUAUUAUAAUUCCAUCCUUAGAAAAACAAAAACAUGCAUUACGGCAUGUCGGAUUUCGAGGUGUCGAUUUUGAAGGAUGUUGUAAAUGGGAUACUUUAAAAUCUUGUUCAAAAUUAGAGAGAUUAGAUAUAGUUGACUGUUACAACAUCAGAUUGAUUGUCGACAGCGUCAACAUUGCUAAUACGACAACAUUACUAAUACGAGGAAAACGCUGGUCACGUUGGAGUGUUGGUGCGCCGUUAGGGUUGUAG